CCCCGUGUCCCUGCUGUGCCGGCUCGAGUGUCGCGCCGCGUUUUUCCGCCGGGGUUGGCGUUCCCCGCGCCAAGCUCCCGCGGUGCCCGGAGCAGCGCGCUGGUUGCCUGGGAGGAGCCGCUGUGUACAGGCUACGCAGGACUGUGCCCAGGCCCCGGCGAGCCGUGAUCGCUCCCUGCAUCCCGGGAGGUGUGCCCGUGGGCCCGGCGUGGGCGUGGGCGCUGCACCGCGGGCAGGGAGGUGUCAGGGCCGGAGGGGUUCCCGGGCAGGAGCCUCUCCCGAGCAGACAGGUGCAGGCAGCGCGGCUGGGCGGCUCGGGUGCACCGGAGACGCGAAGGCACCAGCAUGACUAGUCCUGGCACAAAGGGGUCGUGGCUCUCGCAGCCGACCGUGAAGAGCGUGCUGGUGUAUCGCAACGGGGACCCUUUCUUCCCGGGGCGCCGCAUUGUCAUCCAUGAGAAGAAAGUGUCCAACUUUGAUGUGUUCCUGAAAGAGGUGACGGGCGGGGUGCAGGCACCCUUUGGAGCUGUGCGAAACAUCUAUACCCCCCGGGGUGGGCAUCGUGUCCGACAGCUGGAGGAGCUCCAGAGUGGAGAGCAGUACGUGGCUGGUGGCAGGGAGGCCUUCAAGAAACUCAACUAUUUGGACAUUGGAGAAACAAAGAAAAAACCUGCUGAAGUCAAUAAUGAGGUCAAGCCAGUUACUCACAGUAGGAUCACCGUGUCAGCACGGUUUCGAAAGCCUCUCCAGGAGCCCUACACUAUUUUCCUGGUUGCUAAUGGAGAUGUUAUUAGCCCUGCAGUGCGCCUCCUCAUUCCCAGGAAAACACUGAAUCACUGGGAUCAUAUUCUUGAAAUGGUUACAGGAAAAGUAACCCUCAGAAGUGGAGCUGUUCACAGACUUUACACUGUAGAUGGAAAACUUGUUCAGGAUGGGUCAGACUUGGAGAAUGGGCAAAUUUAUGUUGCAGUGGGUAGAGAGAAGUUUAAGAAGUUGCCGUAUGGUGAUCUGCUGUCCAAAUCUACAACGAGAAGGCCACAGGGUUUCAAAACCUCAGUACUACCUCCGAUUGUGGGAUCUCGCAAGUCUAAAGGCAGUGGAAAUGAUCGGCAAUCUAAAUCUACCAUUGGAUCCAGUGACCGAGGAGAAAACAAUUCCUCACCUCAGCUUCCCAAAAGGAAAGACAAAAAAAGCCAGAAUCCAGAGAAUUCUGUGUCCAGACGACACUUUUCUAACCAGUCUACAAAAGUAAAACAGGCAGUAAAAGCUUCCACAGGAGUCCUUCAAGAUAAUGGUGAAGAUAUUUACAAAGCCGGAGAAGAGGGGUCUGAAAUGUGGGGGGCUGUUGAAGUACAAGAAGAUGAAGAUACUCUUGUGGAAGUUCCACUGGACCAGAGACCAGCAGAAACUGUAGAUGAAGAAGAAAAUGUAGAAGAGGAAAAUGACAGGGGAGAGGAGGCAUAUAAAAGAGACGAAGAAUAUCCAGAAGUGAAUGGAGAGGAAAGUGGGAAAACUGUUAAAGAAGGAAUUGAAGUGGAAGAAAACAAAAAGAAAUUAAAUGAAAAUUAUGAAGAUGAAGCAGGAGAAACACAGAAUAUUGACCAAGCAGAGGAAGAGGAACUUACCUAUUUAAAUGGCAAGAACAAUGAAGGAAAUGGUGAGGGAAUGGAGCAUUUGAACUACGAAGGUGAUCUUCAGCCUGAAGAAGAAAUAAAAGAGAAUUCUGGAAUUCAGAACCAGGUUGAUCCCGGUCUUGAAAAAACAUCCACAAAUCCAAGGGUGACAAUCACCAGCCCACAGGAAAGUGAAAAGAACGACCAGAGCAAUGACUGUGCAGCAGUUGCAUAGACAUAGGAAAAAUGUAAUGAGCAGAAAAUGAAAGAGGAUAACACUUUAAAUAUAAAGUAUGUUAUUUUUUGUGAUUGGUAACUUAUAUUAGGAAGGCAGGUUGAGUACCCACGUAAUGAGUUGUGAGAUGAUGAUGCUCUAUGGACCAAUGAAAAACAAGUGUUUAUAUCUACAAGAAGAACAUAGGAUUAUUUUUGCAAGGUGAGAUUUUUCUGAUAGGAUUGGAGGGGGGAAAUACAAGAGUACUUUAUAGUAGUAUUAGAAAUAAAUGAACUAUUCUGUGGUACAAGGUAGUUAGCAGUAAUAGAAUAACCACAAAAAUUACACUGUUCUGGGAAAAGGAAAAGACACCCACCCAGAUUCAAUGUCAAAACUUUUGUCGAUUUGUUCAGAAAAAGAAACUAUUUUUUACCUUUUAAUUAGGAUAUGUGUAGUUUUUCCUCUAAAAUUCCACAUGAUAUGUAUGAUUUUCAGGCAUAACAUUAAGAUAUAACUAGAAUACGUUCCGCACUUAAUGGAUUUAUGCCACAGAAAAUGGUUUACUAUAAUGAGGGGCCAGUUCUAAUGUUACUAAAUAGUGGAUUUUCAGUAUAUUAAUUAGAAUUAUUAGUGUUUGCAUACAUAAAUAGCACUUAUUUAGCACUAUGAAUACAUGUGGACGGCCUACAACACUGCAGCUAGUUUCCAUUUAAAACACAAAGUUUUGUUGAUUGUCCUGCACUGAUUCACUUAACAGUGAAUUAUUGUCAUCAUGAACAAAAAAUAAAGGAAGAGUAUGUAGUAGAUCAGUUCAAAAAGUUGAAUUUGGAUGGAUUUUUAAUUCAGUCUAAGAGAAACUUAAUUUACUAAUUAAAAACUAAACUAAAAAAACAGAACAUGCCUGGAUUCAGACUGAGAUUUCCAUGAAACCAUUGCUGUUGAUGGAGCCAUUUUAAUAUGUGAGACAUCAGGAUGAGCCUACCAGAUUUCUGUAAAAGUCAGGAACAAUUAUUGCAUUUAUGAACCCUUUGCAUGGCCUUAAUGGUUGGAAGUGUGUCAUCAUCCUUUUGAGCAGGCUGUCUCCUGAUAGGCUGUGGCUUAAUAUGCAUUAGUGAAUAAGGCAUUGAUCCACAGUAUUAGUUCUCUUAAUGACACUGAUUCCAUUGCUCUUAUCAUUUCUUUGUUAGUAAUGGGAGUAAUUUGUAGUUCAUAGAAAUACAGCCCUGAGCAUAAUUUUAUUAAUUAUACAAAAGAAAUAGUGGGUUUCCUUAUCGUUAAUGCUAGUAAAUUAUUACUACAAGAAA